AUGGCGAAUCGUACAGUUAAAGAUGCGGUAACAGUGAAAGGUACAAAUCCUCAAUAUCUUAUUGAAAAAAUUAUUCGAACACGAAUUUAUGAUUCGAAAUAUUGGAAGGAAGAAUGUUUUGCACUUACUGGUGAACUUCUGGUUGAUAAAGGAAUGGAAAUUCGAUUUGUUGGUGGAAUAUAUGCCGGUAACGUGAAACCAACGCCAUUUUUAUGUUUGGUUCUUAAAAUGUUGCAGAUUCAACCAGAAAAAGAUAUCAUUGUUGAAUUUAUCAGACAAGAAGAAUAUAAGUAUAUUCGAGCAUUAGGUGCAAUUUAUCUUCGAAUAACCUUCAGUUCAAUUGAAGUUUAUAAAUAUUUGGAACCACUUUACAAUGAUUACCGAAAAUUGCGGGUAAUGAAUAAGGAUGGACGUUUUGAAAUCAUCCAUAUGGAUGAAUUUAUUGACAGUUUACUAAGAGAAGAACGAUAUUGCGAUGUGCACUUACCUAGGCUUCAAAAACGAAUGACUUUAGAAGAAAUAGGCGAACUACAGUCAUACGUUAGUGCUCUCGAUGAAGAUCUCGAUAAAUUGUCUUCUUCGGAAUCUGAAGAGGAGGAUCGAGUUGUUCGCAGAAAAGAACGACAAAAAUUGGUAGUAAGACGUAGAGGGAAGGACCGCGACCGUAGUCGAGAUAGAGAAAAGGAAGAGCGUGGAAGAGAUCGUGACCGUGAGCGGGAACGUGAACGUGAUAGAGAAAGGGAUCGUGAUACUGAACGUGACAGGGAACGAAAGGACAAAGAUAGGCGUCAUCGCUCACCAGAUUACAGAGAACGAGAUCGACGUGAUCGAGAAAGGGAUCGACGAUAA